CAAACCGUUACCAUUCCAAUUUUUGCCGGAACAAUUCUCUCCUCGUAACGUCCAUCACGAAAAAACACAUCCAAUCUCCUUCUCCCCUUCCACCCUUCCCACCAACCCAAAAAAUGUAAAAUAAAUAAAACUACCCUACUUCCGCCAUGGACCUCUUCUUCGAGGCCGGCGAUGGCCGGUGCUUCAAAGAAGAAAUCUGGUUCUUCUCAACCGUUCUCGAAAUAAAACAAAAGCUACAUAAACGAUACGGCUUCCCAAUCUCCCACCAAACUCUCCUCUUCAACGGCAAAAUCAUGGAAGACAAACGCGACAUUGAAUACUACAACAUCAUUCAAGGCUCUCGCAUUCUCCUCCGUCUCCCGCCUGAGCCCAAGCCGGCGGCCAAAGCCGAUCAGCCCGAAACGUCCACGAGCGGCGGCGGGAGAAGGACGACGGUGACGGUACUCGUGCCGACGGAAACGUUUGGGACAAUGAGGGUGGCGAUGGAGGUGAACUUGGCGGACAAUGUGAGCGAGCUAAAGAAGGAAUUGUGGAGAAUGAGACACCAGAUUUAUGGCUUUUGUUUGCCGGUGGAAGGAUUCUUCUUCAUUUUUAAGCAAAAUGUGAUGGAGGAAGACAGAAGUUUCAGGUGGCAUGGCGUGAAGACAGAUGAUGUUAUUGAGAUUUUUAAUGGAAGUGUUGCGGAUUCAUAGUAGGUUGUUAGUUUUAAAAAUUAGCAGAAUGGAUCUUAGCAUUCUUAGUUAUAAUAAAUUAAGUCAUUUUUAUCGCGUAAUGUGUUAUCUAUUCAGUGAUGUAUAGGAAAGCAUGUGGUCCAGAUGCAUGAAUGCAAGCUGCUUCUUUACUGGCUGGUAAGAUUAUUGUACUAUAAUUAAUGGGGGUAUGGAUCGAUUUGGCUACGUUUUGUUAAUUCAUUUGAAUUAUCUUUUUGGUAGUUUUGAUCAAGGUUGUGAUUUGUUUGGUUGUUUUUGUAAGAUUAAGUUUGAUGUAGAUUUUGCGACAGGAAAU